AUGAGUGCGGAUCUCCUAGCCGAGUUGGACAGCUUCUACAAGAAGCCCGCAUCCCAAUCCCAAUCUCAGCCUGCUCAGCAGCGGUCUGCCACUCAACAACAUCCGUUGUCGAGCAGCAUCUGGGACUCGAGUUUACCUACUACAGCCAAUCCCGUGCCUCAGCCAACACAGUCUGGAAUAUCGACAACACAACAGAAUCCCAGCGAUGAUGAUGCCUGGGGUGGAUUCACAUCCUUUGCUGGAGCCUCAGGCGGAGAGAAUCCACAAGCCGCUCGUCCGAUUAUAGACGUUGAAGGAGAGGAUGGUGACGAUGGAUGGGGAGAUUUCGAGGCAGCUGAACCGGCGCCCAAACCGACACUGGAAACCACCACUCCGAAAGGUCCAAUAACAAGCACGUCGAAUCCACCAACACGUAUCAUGCGUGCGUCGACCAUAGAUCUCAUGACCAACAAUCUAGUCGACACUAGCGUGCUCAAGAAGCAGGAAUCACCUUCUCGGGAGACCCAGCCCAAGCGCCCACGUCAAUCAGACCCUAAUGUUCUCUUUGAUGCAGAUGAAUUUGCCCAAGAUGUGGGCGACGACGAUGAGUUUGGUGAUUUUGAGACGGGCGACGAUAACCCGAUCAGGGAAUCCGGACCGGAACUUCCACCGCAACCUCAGACAGUCCAACAAAAUCAGCAAGCUCCUACUUCGUCUCUGCCCUCUCUAGACCUCCUGUCUUUAGACGAGACGCCCACACCACAGCCAACCCAACCCAAGAAAGGCAGCGCUCGCCUCUCAUCCCUCGCUAUCACUUCUUCCUCGUUUUCUUCAGCCUCCUCCACUACGCCCUACCCUUCCGCACCCAAGUCCCCAUCGUUUUCAGAACGAAAUCCUUACCCGGGUUUGGCGCUCAAGACGCCCUCGUCUCCCAAGUUCCCCGCCAAGGGGGAGGCGGGAAAGGGGGCAAAGACGCCCACCCCUGCUACGGCGUGGCCGGCCUUCGGCCAGUCCUCUACUAAGACACCUGGGCAAAAACGCCGGGAGAAGGAUGAUGCCGGAUUCGAUGACGGCUGGCCCCCCUUCGAGGACUUGCCACCGGAGAACGGCCUUGGUGAAUCAGGCGAAGUCGACUCAGCGAAACCCCCAGAGAACUGGGACUGGGAUGCCGUCCCUUCACCGCAGCCCUCAGCCGCCCCUUCAGCGCCUCCCCUGCAGGACAUCGACGACAAUACCCCGCCCCCCACCAACAUUCCUCCUCCUUCUAUCCUCCUCUCCAUAUUCCCCGAACUCUUCAAUAUGGCCAACACCUCCCUCUUCAAGCCCCUUGCCACGCAGACCGCCUCCAUCAAAACCCGUGUCACUUCUGACCCGAGCACAGUCGCGUUCCUCCGUGCGUUCCUGCUCCUAGCAACAGUCGCCGGCCAUAUAAUCGCCGGCCGCAAGCUCCGUUGGCACCGCGACAAGUUCCUCUCCCAGGGCAUGGCCAUCUCCGCCGCGGGUGCCAAGGGCAUGAAGCUCGCCGGCGUCGACCGUGCCCAGGCAGCCCGUGAGGACCGCGAGGCCGCCGAUGUAGUGGCAGCCUGGCGCGAGAACGUCGGUCGGCUCAGGUCAGCGGUGGCGGCGGCCAGCGCGGCGGCAUCCGGCGGCAAGGGCGGCUCUACAGGGCGGCGCCCGCUCCCAGUGCCCGAAUUAGCCGAGACCAUGGCGGUGACCACGGCCAAGGUGGUUCCCACCGCGCCCAAGGCGUGCCUCGUGUGUGGGCUGAAGCGGGACGAGCGUGUCAGCAAGGUGGAUUUCGAAGUCGAGGACAGUUUUGGUGAGUGGUGGGUUGACCACUGGGGUCACAGGGUUUGCAAAAACUUUUGGCUACAGCAUGAAAAGGAGUUGCGGCAGAGGUGA